GGCGGGCGGGCUGGGCUGCACGGGGCGCCUUUAUGUAAGGGCAGAGGCGGGGCCGGCACCGUGGUGGCGGUGACAGGAGCACCGCCACCAUGUCCUGGUACCGCAACACCGUGUGGUUCGUCAAGGGGCUGCGGGAAUACACGAGGAGCGGCUAUGAGUCUGCCUCCAAGCACUUCAACCCUGCAGAUCUCGAGGUGAACGUGGCUGGAAAAUCCUUCCUGAUCACCGGCUCAAACAGCGGCAUCGGCAAGGCCACAGCCAAAGAGAUAGCAAAGAGAGGUGGCACGGUUCACCUGGUUUGCCGGAAUAAGGAACGAGCUGAGGAUGCCAAAGGAGAAAUAGUGACAGAAACGGGCAAUCAGAAUGUCUUCCUGCAUAUCGUGGAUAUAUCUAAUCCCAAGGAAAUCUGGAAGUUUGCUGAACAAUUCAAAAAUGAACAUAAAUUAAACGUGUUGAUCAACAACGCAGGAUGUAUGGUGAACAACAGAGAAUUGACUGAAGAUGGACUUGAGAAAAACUUCGCAACAAACACCUUGGGUACGUACGUUCUGACAACGGCCCUGCUGCCCCUGCUGGAAAAAGAAGCAGACGCCAGAGUGAUAACUGUCUCGUCUGGGGGCAUGCUAGUUCAGAAGCUGAACAUAUCUGAUUUGCAGUCAGGAAGUGGGACGUUUGAUGGGACGAUGGUGUACGCCCAGAACAAGAGACAGCAAGUUGUCCUGACAGAACAAUGGGCAAAAACUCACAGAAACAUCCAUUUCUCCGUUAUGCACCCCGGCUGGGCAGACACUCCAGCUGUGAGGUCCUCCAUGCCAGAUUUCUAUCAGAAGAUGAAGAGCAGCUUGCGCACAGAGGCCCAGGGAGCUGACACCGUUGUGUGGCUGGCAGUAUCAUCUGAAGCAGCAAAGCUACCGAGCGGCUUGUUCUUCCAAGACAGGCAACCAGUCCCUACACACUUACCGUUAGCGAGCACCCACAGUCCACCAGGAGACGAGGAGAAGCUGAUGGAGCUGCUGGAAGAAUUCUCCCAGAAGUUUAAAUCCCCUUCUUCAGGAACUUAGCAGCACGGUUGACGCAACACAGCCACAAAGCUGCUAAUUACAGAGGAACAGUGCUGUAGAGGAGAGGUAGGAUGCUGUAGGCCUGUUAAAAGUAAAUUGUGUUCAGGAGUAGUGGUGCCUGCAAAUCUGUUUUGUUUCUGAGAGUCUCGACCAUUGUCAAUAUGCAGCUGCUGUCUCAAGGCUCAGUGAGGUUGUGGUCUUCGAACUGGAAGGAAAAUGUGGAGGCAUCAAAAUAAAACCCAAGCGAUAACUCUAAGCUUUGUGAAGUUGCCCAAAAUCUUCAAAGCACUCAGCACAAACAGAAAUGCAAAGGAGCGUACCUUUAGUAGCCCUCGUGAAGGACUUUGCAAAGAAGUGGGUAAAGAUUUAAACAAUGUUUUAACACUACAUAUGACAGGUUGGUGGCUUCCUUCGGUGGGUGAGGGUGACGAGGCUCAAACAUGUAACUGGGAACACAAAAACUCCCGCAUCGCCUGCUUAGUUUAAAUGGAAGGAUUCUUCACAGCCUUUGGUUUCUAUAAAUCAAUGCUGGUAUGCAACAGUGAUCUGCUUCCUCAUGUUUAAGCAGCAGGAAUUUAGGAACGCUGCCAAAUGCCUUCCACAUUACUUUAUGGAGUCAGGGCUAAGCAUUACCCCGUUAAUGUCAAGAAACCACGAAGUGGGAAGCUUCGAUACAUACUGCACCCAGUCAUGGCUGGAUACCUCCCCUUCAGGAAGAAGAGAAAUGGCUGAAAGACUCCGGACAUGAAAAGAAAUAAGGUGCUAAGCUCUGUGCACCUGUCAUUUCUGUGAAGGAUCAGGGAAUUGCUUCGUCAUUGUGAAUGGAAUAUGAAAGGGAAGGGAGGCACAGCCUUUAGAGGUGAAAUCCACCUCCUGAUACGAGGGCUGUAUUUUGCCUGGAACUGUUUUAUUUCCAGACACAGAGGAUUGGAUUUGUCUUACCUGACUUGCGGACAUUUGAAUAACUCAUUGGGAUUCUCACUGUAAAUCAUUAGAGAGAAAAGAGGCUCUUUCACUGUGAUUUAUUGGAUCUGUUUUAAGAAACAACCCUACAUUCCUACAUCUUUCUGCUUACUGUAACUAGCUCAGACAAAGACAUUCAGGGGGUAUUUUAUCUUACAUAUUUCAAAUUUACUGCACAGCCAUGAUUGUUAAUAGCAGCAGUGGUAACGUUUUUCUCCUGAACCUAGCGUGUUUGAUGGCAAAAACAAACAAAGAAGCAAUAAAAACCCAAUAAAGUUGCACAACUCUUUCUACACAUGGCUGCAGACCGACGUGGUAGUGCAAACGGACAAGACAUUAAAAAACCCACGGGUUUUCUUUGGGGCUCUCUACAGUGACUGGUAGCUAAAGACCAUGCUGAUAGACAAAGAACUCAUUAUGUCCGCUUUCCAUAAUUUAGUUUUACAAAAGAUAUCCUCCUGGCCGAUGCCUCAGAGGUCUGCCUUCACUCAUUAUUCAGAGCCAUUCUAUUAGCAAUUUAGAAAAAAACUUCCCUUUUCAGCGUUUUGUCAGUCUCCUCAGAAAAAUGGCUUUACUGUCAGAGAGGCACUGAAAUAAGUUUUCCCAUGAUAAGCAGCGCUGGAAUACUUUAGGCUGUCACAGCUCUUCCUGCAGAGGCUGGAACAUCAUUCAAACUGUUGCUUUAUUUUAGAAACUUAACUCCUUCUUACACUGCACUGGAAGAUAUCGGUGGCAAGGCUUACACAUUCCCAAAGUCUUGAAUUAACAACAUUUUAGAUUGUUCAAACUAAAUACAGCUACUGAAAACAAAAGCACAGCUGAGAAAGGAUUUAGGAACUGCACAUCUUAAUCUAGUGGCUGCAAAGCUAAUAAAGGCAACGUUUGUCUACUUGAGUGUCUAAGCCAAGUUGCUUCGCUGCUCUGCAGAAGAAAAGUUGAAUGACAAUGAUAUUUAUAUAGUUCAUAAAAAUAAUCAGAAGUGCACCUUAACAUGUAUUAAAUCCACGUUCUUUACCAAUAUAUGUAAAUAUCCUGGAUUUGUCAUUUUAGUCACGGCUUAUCACAGAUAUUGGAAAUAAGGCCAACAGUAAGAAAACUGCUUUAAUCAAAGUUUGGUCACAGCAUUAAAAAUAGCCAGCUAUUGUGUUUUAAGAGCACUUAUGAUUUUAAAUAAAGUUAAAUACAGGGCAGCAGCUAGAAACAACAUCUGGAAUCUCCCCUAGUGCUGUUGUUGUUCACCAUGAUGCUUUAUUUCACCCUUUUCCACAAGAGCAAAUGAGGUGUGUGGCUAUAAAGCCAGCCAGACGCUUUGUGUUAAUGUGAUUCAGAAUAAAUUUUCGUUUAAAGCAAAUACA